AUGUUGACUGCAAGCCUUCGAUCGCGCGCCGCAUGUCGGUCUGCGUUUGUCGCCCCCACGCUACCCUCGCGCACAUUUGCGUCGUCGGCAACACGCGCCAUCGCAUCCUCCAAAGUAUACCCUUCCGCCGAUGAGGCGGUCAAGGACAUCAAGUCUGGCUCUACGCUGCUGUCUGCUGGCUUCGGUCUGUGCGGUACGCCCGAGACGCUGAUCGGAGCCAUCAGCCGCCAUCCACACAUCAAGGACCUUACCGUCGUGUCGAACAACGCCGGCACGGGCGAGUUCGGUCUGGGCAAGCUGCUCAAGUCCAAGCAGAUCAAGAAGAUGAUCUCGUCGUUCAUCGGUGGCAACAAGUACUUUGAGAACCAGUACCUGACGGGGCAGGUGUCCCUGCAGCUUACGCCGCAGGGAACGCUGGUGGAAAAGUGCCGCGCAGGUGCUUUUGGCAUCCCCGCCUUCUACACGCCCACGGGCUACGGCACUGCAGUGCAGACGGGCGAUCUCGUGGUCCGAUACGAGCAGCGCGAAGAGGGUAGUAAGGAGCCUCUCAAGCCGGCGGAGAUGGCCAAGCCCAAGGAACAGCGCGAAUUCAACGGCCGAAACUACAUCCUGGAAGAGGCGAUCUACGGAGACGUCGCCAUCAUUCAUGCGUGGAAGGUGGACGAGGCGGGUAAUGCCGUCUUCCGCUAUGCGGCCAACAACUUCAGUGCGCCGUUUGGCAAGAAUGCCAAGAUGACGAUCGUCGAGGCCGAGCAGAUUGUGCCCGUGGGCACGUUGAAUGCCGACGAGAUUCAUCUGCCUGCCAUCUUUGUCGACCGCAUCGUGAAAUCGCAGCACGAAAAGCAGAUCGAAGUGCACACGGUUUCGGAUGCUCCCAAGGCUGCCAAGAGCGAAGGCGCCGACGCAGCCAAGCAGGAGGCGCGCGAGCGUCGCAUUCGUAUCGCCAAACGCGCCGCCAAGGAGGUCAAGGACGGCGACUACAUCAACCUCGGCGUAGGAAUGCCCUCGCUCGUACCCAACUACCUCCCCCAAGGCGUCAACGUGGUUCUCCACUCCGAAAACGGCAUUCUCGGCAUGGGCCCUUACCCGAAGACCGCUGAAGUUGACGCCGACAUUGUGAAUGCCGGUAAGGAGACGGUUACGCUGCUUCCCGGUGCAAGCACUUUCGACUCCUCCGAGAGCUUUGGCAUGAUCCGAGGUGGCCACAUCAACGUAACCAUGCUCGGCGCUCUUCAAGUCGGCGCCAACGGCGAUCUUGCCAAUUACAUGAUCCCCGGUAAGAAGGUGUCGGGUGUAGGAGGUGCAAUGGACCUCGUCUCCAACCCGGCCAACACCAAGGUCGUCGUCGUCUCGGAUCACACCGACAAGAACGGUCGCAGCAAGAUCGUGGCCGAUUGCAAAUUGCCCCUCACCGGCUCCAGGUGUGUCUCGCGCAUCGUCACCGAUCUCUGCGUCUUCGACGUGGACAGGGUCGGAGACAAGGGCCUCACCCUCAUCGACCUCCAGGACGGCGUCACCGUUCAGCAGGUCAGGGAAAAGACAGACGCCCCCUUCAACCUCGGCCCCGGCAUCAAGGAGUAG